CUAGUUAACGACUGUGCGCCGCGCUUGCGAAUAGUAAUUUUCAUCGAGAUAUUGUGAUAUUACGCGGACGUCAAGAAAUCGAGACAAAGAUCGCCGGUUUAAACGAAAAUGGGUGCAUACUUGUCGGAGCCGAUUACAAAGAAAGUGUCGAGCGACCAAGUAGGCAAGAAUGUCGCAUUCGGCGCGAGUUCCAUGCAAGGCUGGCGAAUUAGUCAAGAGGAUGCACACAAUUGUUGCAUAGAUUUUGAUGAAAAUGUUUCCUUGUUUGCCGUGUAUGAUGGCCACGGUGGACAUGAAGUGGCAACAUACUGUGCAAGUAAUCUGCCAGAAUUUAUUAAACAAACAGAGGCAUACAAAAAUGGAGAUAUUAGGCAAGCUCUAAUCGAUGCUUUCUUGGGUUUCGAUGCUACACUUGAAAAAGCUGAAGUAGUUAGCAUUCUUAAAGAACUUGCAGGAACAUCCACAUCGGAUAAAAAGAAAGAAAACUUAAAUGAAUCUGAUGAAGAAGAAAAUGUUAAUAAUCUAUGUAUGGAGGCAACAAUGCCAUUGGAAGAAGUAAUGGCAAAGUAUCAGUCAGAAUCAAAUCCUAAUGUAAAAAAUCUCAAGAAUGAAAAAUGCAAUAAACUGGCAUGUUCGGCUAGUCCUUACUUACGUGGUCGCAAAGGUAGAGAAAAAGCUACUUCUUCGUCAUCCGGUGCAGGAUGCUCAUCAUCUUCAUCUUCAUGGAACACAAAUGAAACUGAUGUCAGUAGUUCUAGCCAACCAUGUGGGUCCACAUUGUCUAGCACGAUGGAAAGAAAAGAAUCAGAAUGUGCCGCAAACAAUGAAGCUGAACAAGUUCUUGAUUCAACAACUAGUAAUGGAAAUGUUCAUGCAUCACCACCAGUUGGAUCAACAGCAGACAUGGAAUUGGCAAAAAAUGUGGAUAUGCCUGACAGUUCUGAAGAUGUAAACAAAAAGGUUUCGAGUCCUGGUAAAAUUACAUCUGUGGAAUCAAAUGCGAAUGAAGUAGAAAUAAACGGUGCAGAAUCAAAACGAAUUGGAGAUGCAGAUAGUAGUAAGAGUGGGGGUGAUAAUGUAUCGAGUAGUUCAUGUACACCUUUGGAAAAUGGUGAUGCAGGACAGCAGGAACGAAUAAGUAGCACUGGUAGAAGAAGAAUUCAACCUGUAACUUUGUACCAUACUCUUCUAAAAAAAGACACUGCAGAUUCUGAGGAAGACGAUGAUGAUGAAAACGAUGAAACAUUUGACGGAGUCCCAGAAAGUUUUAGUGAUGAAGAUGACACAGAAGAUGUUGACGAAGAUGAGAGUGAUGAGGAGGAAGAUGAAGAAGACGAAGAUGGAGAUGGAACUAUUGAUGAUGACGAUGAUGAUGAUGACGACGAUGAUAGUGAGGGUCUUAUGAUGGAUACAGAAGAGCCUGGUUAUGACAGUGGAUGCACUGCAGUAGUUGCAAUACUAAAGGGCAAUGAAUUGUAUGUAGCAAAUGCUGGAGACUCUCGUUGUGUUUUAUGCAGAGAUGGCCAGGCAAUAGAACUUAGUUUAGAUCACAAACCUGAAGAUGAACCUGAAAUGGAACGUAUAGUAAAAGCUGGUGGUAAAGUAACUGCUGAUGGUAGAGUAAAUGGUGGUCUUAACUUAUCAAGGGCACUUGGGGACCAUGCCUACAAACAGAAUGUCGAUUUACCACCACAAGAACAAAUGAUCUCUGCACUUCCGGAUGUAAGGCAUAUCACAAUUGAACCAGAAAAAGAUGACUUUAUGGUGCUUGCCUGUGACGGUAUUUGGAACUUUAUGUCAAGUCAAGAUGUCAUACAAUUUAUCCGUGCUCGUUUGACAAACAAUUACGACAAUCUUUCAAAAAUUUGCGAAGAGCUAUUUGACCACUGCCUUGCACCUGACACUUGUGGGGAUGGUACAGGAUGCGAUAAUAUGACGGCUGUAAUCAUUCGAUUUAAACCAUCAGCUGAUGCUGUGACAAACAGUACUACAGUAGAAGUGUGUACUGCUAAGAGGGCACCAUUGUCCCCAUCAAUAUCCACAGACGAAAAUGACUGUGUCACGCAGGAAAACAUGACACCCUGCAAACGUCCUAAAACCGAAGCGGCUAUAUGA